CGCGUUGCCGACUCUGCCGGAGGACAAGCACAGUGUGACGAGCGGAGGGCAGCACGAUGCAGCGGCUCACAUCAGGGAGCUUCCACUGUGACAGCAUUAUUGUCUCCGAUGAGAACUGCACUCUAGAGCCAAGCACAGACCGGGUCAGGACCGGGACAGGACCGGGACAGGCCCGGGGUCGAGGCGAAGCAGAGGAGGGAGGGCUGCCAGGGUCCGUGGAAGAAGAGGCAGGACGGGAAGGACAAGGUGCAAGCCGAGCAGCACAUACCUGCGUCGAGCUUCGCACUCCAACAAUGGCAUAUGAACAGGUAACGUAGUUUAGCAGCCCUUUGUGACAUGGGUCUAUUGCCUGUCUCUCCACAUCACUGAAGAAUGAGUAAGGCCCAGUCAGGCAUAGCGCUGUGACACGACACAGCUCAUGUCUUUCUUCAUUAAGGUCAGGUGCUCAUUCCACUUCCUUGUUAUUGUUGUUACUUACUGUGAAAUUGUUUUUCCAUUGAUCAGAAGCCCAUGAGAAAUUAGGUCAAUUUCACACUUGUGAAAUGAGAUUGGUACCAUAUAAAGGCUACAGGACAGCAUCUCUGUGGACUAGCUCUUGCUUUUAAAUGAGAACUGACAAACUGUUAGAUGCUUACAGGGUUGUUCACGGUUAGUAUGUGAUAUUGACUUUAUAGACUGUUUAGAAUUGAUGAAUCAUUUUUGGAUGAAUGGUCUUUCACGGAGAAGGACUGAGCUUCUGUUUUUGAGUGUCCUAUGGUAUAUCAUUUUGCCCCACAAGUCCCACCAAGACCAGAGCCAACUAUGCAAAAUUAUCCCAGGUUCGAUGUCCCUGCCUGUGCUGGAGAAAAAGGGGGACAUCAUCUUGGGGGGACUCUUCUCCCUUCAUGACAUGGUGGUGGAGCCCAGUCUGUCCUUCACCUCUACGCCUCCACCCAUACAGUGCACCAGAUUUAACCUUAGGACAUUUCGUUGGAUGCAAACUAUGAUCUUUGCCAUCGAGGAGAUUAACAGAGAUGGAAAACUUCUUCCCAACAUCACACUGGGCUAUAGGAUCUAUGACUCAUGCAGUACACCCCAUCAAGCUCUGAAGGCUGUCAUUGAGUUAAUGGGGAGUGAGAAAGGUUCAGGGGUUGAAGGAGAGACACAGAGUAAAGUCACAUGUCAUGGGACCGUACCAGCCGUCAUAGGAGACGGAGGCUCUACUCAGUCUCUUGUAGUGGCCCGUUUCCUGGGAGUCUUCCAUGUGCCACAGGUUAGUUAUUUCUCCAGCUGUGCUUGUCUCAGUGACAAAAAGGAGUUUCCUGCCUUUUUAAGGACCAUGCCCAGUGACCUUUUCCAGGUAGAUGCACUUGUACAACUUGUCAAGCACUUUGGCUGGACUUGGGUGGGUGUGAUUGCAGGGGAUGAUGCUUAUGGCCGUGGUGGGGCAAACAUCUUUGUCGAUGAGGUUAGAAAGUUAGGUGCUUGUGUUGCCCUCUAUGAGAUCAUCCCUAAAAACCGAGCACAGACUGCCAUUUCAUCUAUCGUUUCUAAGAUCCGCUCCUCUGGGACUCGUGUGGUUCUAGUGUUUGCUGUAGAACAAGAUGCAGCUGCAUUGUUUGAUGUAGCACUCAGCGAGGGGCUUACUGACACACAGUGGCUGGCCAGUGAGGCCUGGAGCACAGCUGCUGUCCUCUCCACCCCUAAAAAGUACCACCACAUCCUCCAGGGUUCUAUGGGAUUUGCCAUUCGACGAGCACGCAUCCCUGGAUUGCAAGACUUUCUUCUUCGCUUGCAUCCCUUGAGCCCAGAUGCCGUUGAAGAUCCUUUCCUGAUACCCUUCUGGGAAGAGGUGUUUCAAUGCAGCCUGAGUGUGCAGGCUGAAGGUCAGGAGCGUAAUGUUGAGGGUAAACCUCCAUGCUCUGGAGCAGAAGAGCUGGGGAGUGUGACAAAUAUCUAUUCAGAUGUGUCACAGCUAAGGAUUUCCUAUAAUGUCUAUAAGGCUGUGUAUGCCAUUGCCCAUGCACUCAAGGCUACGAGAAGCUGUGUGAAAGCAAAAGGACCAUUUCCUUUGCAGGCCUGUCCAGAUGCAAACAAUAUACAGCCAUGGCAGCUACUUCAUUACAUAAAACAGGUGGACUACUUGAAUUCAUUUGGUGAUGAAACCAAGUUUGAUGAGAAUGGCGACCCUGCAGGCAUGUAUGACCUGGUCAACUGGCAGCUGAGACCAAAUGGAGAAAUGGAGUUUGUCACUAUUGGAAAAUUUGAUGAGACAACCACAGUUGGAAAGCAAAAACUCCAGAUCCAGGAACAGAACAUUGUAUGGAUCGGCAACCAAACCAAAGUUCCCUUAUCAGUAUGCAGCAGCAAUUGUGCCCCAGGUACCCGAAAGGCAAUCAGACCUCACUUCCCUAUCUGUUGCCAUGAUUGUGUGGUUUGCAAAGCUGGGGAGAUUAGCAAUCAGACUGAUGCCAUAGAGUGUGUGCGCUGCCACCCUGAGUUCUGGUCCAGUGCUGACAGGACAGCCUGUGUCCCUAAACAGGUGGAGUUCCUCUCCUUUAGAGAUACAAUGGGCAUCACACUGAUGGCUAUUUCCCUCAUUGGCACCUUCUGCACCUGUGUUGUAGUCUUCAUAUUCUCCUGUCACAGAACCACCCCUAUUGUCAGGGCCAACAACUCUGAGCUGAGCUUCCUGCUGCUUUUCUCCUUGACUCUGUGUUUCCUGUGUUCUCUGACCUUCAUAGGCCAGCCCUCUAAGUGGUCCUGCAUGCUGCGCCACACAGCAUUUGGGAUCACAUUUGUCCUAUGUAUCUCUUGCAUUCUGGGGAAAACAAUCGUGGUGUUAAUGGCCUUCAAGGCUACACAUCCAGGCAGUAAUGUCAUGAAAUGGUUUGGGCCUGCACAACAAAAGACAAUCAUUACCAUUUGUACACUGGUCCAGGUUAUAAUCUGUACAGUGUGGCUGGUUGUAGCUCCCCCCUCUCCACGGCAACUGAUCCCACGUGAGAGUGCUAUUGUCAUUCUCUUGUGUGACGAAGGUUCACCCAUAGCAUUUGCUCUCGUCCUGGGCUACAUUGGUCUGCUGGCCUGCGCCUGCCUUCUAUUGGCCUUCCUGGCAAGGAAACUCCCGGACAACUUCAAUGAGGCCAGACUGAUCAAUUUCAGCAUGCUCAUUUUCUGCUCAGUGUGGGUAGCCUUUGUUCCCGCCUACAUCAGUUCUCCAGGGAAAUACUCUACGGUCACAGAGGUAUUUGCUAUCUUGGCCUCCAGUUAUGGACUGCUGGGCUGCAUCUUUGUACCAAAGUGCUACAUAAUUCUACUAAGGCCAGAAAAGAACACAAGGAAACACCUAAUGACCAAAGUUGCCACUGACACAUUUUAGGAUAUCAUUAAUAUACCAUGCACAUUUUAUGGAUUUAUUUUACUGUCUUUUCCCCAGAUAAAUAAAAUAUAUAUGUUGAACUCCCUUCACUUCAAAUUUUGUGAGUUUGUGGGAACGGUGGGAAGUGGUUACAGAGAAC